CGGGCCUUUAGGGGAUUCUGAAGCCUCGAGUUUUCUCAGAACUCGUUUACGAAAAGCCCUCUUUUCCCUCAUAUCAGUGAUUCAUGGUUUUUGCUUCAGGAUGCUGUCAUCAGUAUCUUCAGUGCAGAAGGAUAGCCGUGAUGGGACCAGGACAGAACCAAACCCGUUUAAAAUGCCCAAAGACAACAGCAUCUUUCUCAUGAGGAACGCAGAAAAAGCUCGGAGGAAACAAGAAUAUCAGAAGGAGUUGUGUCGGCCUGUGCAUGAGAAGAAGACGUACACUGGCAGAAUGAGGGCCAGGCAAUCUGAGCUGAGGAUGAAACUCAGAGAGGGUCUGGAGGAGGAGGAGGAAGAAGAAAGUAAUGCAAACCGCACACACACCACUGUCCAGCUCCUCCAAGACACACCUGCAUGCAAGGUGGUCAUGAUCAAAGAUCGUAAUAUUGAAAAAGAGAGCAUACGUGAGUUCAUUGACAAGAAACGAGAGAUGUUCUAUCUGGAGCAUGCUCUGGCAGUAAAGAGAGAAGAGAUUAAGCAGCUGGAGGAGGUGGCGAGUCAUGAAGAGAAGAAGUUGAUAAGAGCCGAAAAGCUGCUAGAGGAUGACACCAUCUUGUUUGAUUCAUUUCUCAAAGAAAAUGACAAGAACUCAGUGGAGGCCAUCAAAAUCGCUGAGCAGGAGACCAAAGCAAAGCUGGAGAAAGUAGCUGAGAUCAAGAGGAUCACUGCCAAAAUGGUGGCCAUUAAGAGUGACAUCUCUAAGUAUGAGGACACUCUGCAGGAGUACAAGCUCUAUAAAGACUUUCUGUUCAAGCUUUCUCCUGCGGAGUGGCAGGAGAAACAGAGAGAGAAGAACAGACGCUCUCCUAAGCCCACGUCUGCCAACGAAAAGAGAGAGAGUGAGGUGAAGAGCAGAGAGACGGACAGAGGGAAAAAGACCCCCCAGUCUGACAGACGCAGGGAGAAGAGGAGCUCUGUCGGAUCUCGAGAGCUGCCCCCCCGUGAGGGCAGAGCUCCAUCCAGACACAGUGUGAAGUCGACUCCUCAGAGUGGAAAAAUGAGUUCUGCAUCUGAAACAGACAGCUCAGAAUAUGAGGAGGAGCCGGAGCUGUACUUCACAGAGCCUCAGCAGCUGCUGGACCUGCUGAGUGAGCUGGAGGAGCAGAAUCUCUCAUUGAUCCAGAACUUGCAGGAGACUGAGGAGGGCCUGGAGGAGUUCAGACAGACCAUGGAACAGACUCGCAAGAACAUGGAGCAUGAAGCAGACCAGCUGAAGCGGCAGAUUGACGUUAUGACAGAGACCAUUCAGAGAGAGAAAGAGAGAACCGCAGAACUAGAGCUCAAAGCCAGACUCUUCAACUUUGGACAGUAUAAAGCAGAGGAGGAUGACACUCUGAACACUCUGAGCCGGAAGGUGGAGGAGGUGUAUCGGAGCUGUGUAGGAGACAGUGAGGCCAACCUGAGUACCUUGCAGAUGCUGACAGCCAUUGAGGGCCGGCUGGGAGAGCUGCUGGAAAAUGUGGAGAUGAUUCCUAGUGACCGGCUUGCCAUUGCUGAGAAAGCCAAAGAGAAAGAGAGGAGAGUCAGAUUGCGGGAUGAGAAGAUCUAUCUGCAGAAGCAACACCAGGAAGAGAGAAUGAAGAAAGCUAUGGAGAGAGCUCAGGCCGAGAUCAAGAAAACGACUGGUAGGAAGCUGAUGCCUCGCUCUCAGCCUCCUAUUCGCAAACUCCAGAACAACCAGCAUGAUGACAUCGCAGACAAGGAGAAGGAGGAGCACAUGUACUUCUUCACCUAAAGCACCUGUUGUUUACUACUGACUUGCAUACUGACAUGACCACACUCACACACUGCUUGGAACCCCCUAUACCAAAGUACAUAGAGUUAGCUGUUUAUUAGGUAUAUUACUACCUACACACUAAUUUUAGAUUCCAGCAAGUCAUACAUCACAUGACUGGGGUGUGUAGUAUCAGUCAGACAGGUCAGCAUUUCUAGUAUCAGAUGUGUUCAACUGAGUGUUAUAAAGGCCAAAGUGAAAAUCUUAGGUGCGUAGCCCUCUU